AUGGCAUCUUCAUCAGCAUCCGCCACCGUUCUCGCUGCCGCCCUCGGAGCGCCUCCGGCACAACUGCUGACCCGUGACAACGCCCUGGUGUGGAAGGCCCUUGUGGUCCCUGCAUUUCGCGGCGCCCGUGUCCUCGACCUCAUGGAAGGAUCUGAGAAGGCACCCGUCGAGAAGCUGGAGACCGAGGACGUCAACAACAAGAAGCUGACGAUGGAGAGUCAUGAGUAUGCUUCUUGGAUUGCUCGUGACCAACAAGUGCCCCACUGGUUGCUCAAUGCGCUCUCUCCAGAUGUCCUUGUUCAUGUCAUUGGAUUGGAAACGUCUGCAGAGGUCUGGGCCGCCCUCAUUGCUCAUGUCUCCACUGCUUCAAAAUCCCGAGCUCAGCGUCUCCGGGGUGCCCUCAAUGACACCAAGAAAAAUGAUCUCACCGCGGAGAAGUACUUUGCCAAGGUGAAGACCUUGGCCUCUGAACUCGCCGCUGCUGGCAAGCCUCUGGACGAAGACGAGCUGAUUUGGUAUAUUCUCCAUGGCCUCGGCACCCCCUACAACACCCUGAUCACCGCUGUUGGUGCCAAUCCUAACACGACGAUGUCUGAACUGUUUGAUCAAGUGCAAGCAUAUGAUCGCCUCCACAAGCCAGAUGACAACUCCUUCACCUCGUCCCCCAAUGUUGCACGCUGA